GAUUGUUUCUGUUGGCCCUCCAUUGAUGCCACCCGUGGAAUCUCCUAGGCCGAUGAAUGAGUUGUCGGAUUCUCAGCCACACGUAGAAAAUUCUGAUGGAAAUGAUCUAUCGGAUAACAUCACGUCUCCUAACAAUUGUAAUGAUAAGCCAGCAUUUAGCGACGGUGACCUUACAAACGAUGAUACAGAUGAUGACAGCAGGAAACUAUUUGUUGGGGGUUUAAGUUGGGAAACCAACGAAAGCGAUCUUAAGGAUUAUUUUUCUCGGUGGGGGAGAGUCACCCAGUGUAUCAUCAAACUUGACCGGUAUACUGGCAACUCACGAGGCUUUGGUUUCGUCACAAUGGAAAGCGAAGAGUGUGUUGCCAAGGUUUUAAGUGUCACCGAGCACUGGCUGAACAAUAAAAAAAUAGACCCCAAAAAAGCCAAGCCGUCACGAGAACCCCUUAGAAAGGUUUUCGUUGGUGGAGUUGACCCAGACCUUACUGAAGAUCAGAUCAGGGAAUAUUUUAGUACUUUUGGAAAAGUGGAGUCCCUUGACCUUCCGUUUGAUACUCACAAGGGGAAGAGGAAGCACUAUAUCUUUGUCAGUUUUGCUACCGAAGCUGCUGCUCGGAAGGCUAUUGCAAAGGAGCGUCAGGAGAUAUUUGGCCGCCAGUGCGACGUGAGGGUGGCUGUUACUCGGGAACAGGCGAAUCGCCAGAAAGCUCUAAAGCAGUGGUACACCUGGUUUGAUCCUUUUUCUGCCUAUGCUGGCUACCCAUAUGGCGAUUUUUCCAACCCUUACUCUGGAUUUGAUCCGUUCACUUACAACUACUAUGGUUACGACUAUUACGGCAAUCCAACAACAGCCGCAUCUCCUGGUUAUGGUUGUCGAACUGCUGAUCCGUGAAAGGCUGGUCUAGAAAUCUUUCUAUUCUGAUCUCUCUGUCGCGACUCCUGAGGCAGACAGAGUCUACUGGAAGCUGUCUCCUGAGUUCCGCACGAUAAUUGCGAUUCUUCAACUUGGUGAUCAAAAUGAUCAUGAAUGACCUCGUUCUUCCAGACAAUACCGGAGUGGAAUUUCUGUGAGGUGCCUUCCAAAAUGUACCGCCUAACCAAUUUCGAGCACUUUCUGGUAACCCUAAAGCCACACAAUCUCAACGCAACUCCUUAUGUCCCAUCGGUCAAAGCAACAACCGUAUGAUGACUCCAAACAGUACAGCCGCAUCUCUUCCCAAUCAUCAUCCUCCACAGCCGCAACCACAGUCUACUCUCAACUUCGGCCUCAUUAACCCCGCUCUAGACCAUCACGCUAGUCUGGCCAGUGGUCUCGAGUUCACUUCUCAUCAUCCUACGCAGAGCGCUCCUAGCAUGGUCGUCAAUACCCCUGCUGGUUAUCCUCAUCCUUAAGGUAUUUCAACCUACGUACUCUAGAUAUGAAGUACUGCUGUGCUGUACCGUCUGGCCCUCCCCUCGCAUCCCCCAACCAGCCAAAACUACCAUCGCUUUUCCAACCGAAACUUCUCCCCAAUUGCUCUCUGCCGAUUUGCAAAGCAGACCGCUUGUUCCCUCGAUUUGCCUAGGACAUCAAAGUUUCUAUCUCCCAUCUCUGAGGUUCCUGACCCCACAACUUUUGUGCCUAGUCUGUCCCGCAACAGUUUCCGUAUUCUUCCCCUGUUACAUGCACACCACUCUUUUGGUGUGGUUCUCCACUCUCCUCCUCUGUGACUGUCUUUGAUCCACGAAACUCAACACAUCAUCUACCGCCGUGAUGGUAAUAAUCCUUGCGUACCGCAGUUUAUGUACUCGCCGCCACUCCACACAUAUUGUGAUGAUGAUUGUUUUGGGUCAAUUAUUUUCAUGGUGCUUGCUUGCUUUGCUUCCAUCGGUUUUUACUUUCCGUUACAUCCCCUUGUACCCUGAAUCAUUCAUUCGUUAUUUCAAACUGUACAAAAUCACUUUCAUACGACACCUCCCACGUAUCAAUUCACUCGCUUAAAGCGCAAUCCCAUCCUGAGUGUGUUCCAUCAUCGUUCAUCAUCAUUCUUUUUGUACAGGUGGCUACUAUUUUGAAAGCACUACAAUCACAAACAUUCAGCCGAAACAAGCGCACCCCAUAUAGUGCAUACUUCACACUCCCUCUUACUUCUUUUCGAUUUGAUAUUUAUGCCAAUGAACGUACAUAAAGUCGGGUGUAAGGUGUACAUUUAUUGCACGUCUACAUUUCCGGAGUCGCGUGAUAAUCCCUAUGAUUUUUGAUUGUGAGGUUCACGCGCGCACAUCGUGUCAUCCCUUCUCCCCGGCCGCGUUUGUGUGUACACAACUCAAACCAACUGCUGCUGACUUGCGUUGCCUUAACUUGGGUUCGUGUAUUCAUCUCCGACUGCAUAUAUUUUUGGUAUAUUUUCUAGGGCUUCAUUCUGCUUCCCAAUUUCUCCUUUCAGCAAAACAUCUCCGUCCUCAGACUGUUUCUUUUUGUGAAUUUAACUUUCUCCCACUUCUCCAAAUCGGCUAACCUAAAUUCGCAUCGCCCUGCAUGGUCGCUGGUCAGCGAAUCGUAACCACCGGUCUGGCACCAAUACCAACCCCUUGGACCCUGUUCUCAUAGCACGUGUUUCGUAUUUUGUGCGCAUAUACCUGUUCGUUGUCCCCUCUAACCUCGAUCCUUAAUAAAUUUCGCACAAAGUCCAUUGCUGCUACUGCAAAACGGCAGCACUCCUGAGCGCUUUGAAAUACUUGCUGAUAUGCACAUUUUUGUUUGGUUUGGAUUCAGCCGGACCCGGAGAUCGCACACUACCAACUAAUCCGAAUGGGUGGUAACGGCAGCCAAGCGUUUUUCCAAAUUUGUAUAGCUGAUGAACCUUGUCGGAAGACCUCAGACAAAAUUGAACUCGGGCUGAAACCAAUCCUUUCGUUGUGACAUAUACUUGACAACGAGCAAACCAUUCUUUUUGUCAUGAGCAGGUUUCUUUUGAUUCACCACGCAUCUACUUAAGAUGCUCUUUUGCAGAUCAAUCUCGUCUCGUAAACAUGUACCGAUAUGCGAUUGUCUGGACAAGGUUGGCAUCCAGUUUCGUUGCGAAGGAUGAUACUGUAAGUCUCGAAGCUUCUAGUCUACCCCUUCAACAUCGCGAUUUAUCCUUCACUGUCCAUAACACUUGAUUCGUAACGAGCGGCCCUUGUCACUUGAGAGCUAUUAUAUUGUCCCGACAUAAAUUGCCAUGUGAAAUUUC